CAGAGAAUUGAUAGGACUGGACCCUGAAUCUGGGACCAUACAGAUACUCCUUGGGAUCCCAACAGAAGAAAUCUUAAAAUUGGGACUCUGGUCCUUGCUCAUAAAAUUGCCUGUGUCACUAAUAAAACACAAGAACCAGGAUUAUUUCAAGUGUCUCGGGCAUCAGGCCAGGUGACCAAUCAACUCCUACCUGUAGGGUCAUUGUUGGAGGCAAAAAUGUUGCUAUGACUACUGAAACCUUGGUUACUGAACCAAACAGAAAGAACCUGCUCAGUCUCCCAAGAGCACAUCAGACAGUCUAUAAACAUGUCUACGGAAGACCUGCCUGAGACAGAAAAGAGUUUUCACAGGAACCUGAUACUUAAGAAGAUGUUGGACAGGGGCUCAUCAAGAAGAAAAACAGGCCAGAACCGGUUUGGCUCAGUGGAUAGAGCGUCGGUCUGCGGACUGAAGGGUCCCAGGUGGCGAAACGCACACACUCUCUGUCUGUGGCAGACGACGCUGAGCCAGAGGAGAAACCCUUAUGCUAUUCUGAGGCUUCAGGAGUCCAUGGUACAGGAGUUGGCACUGGCCAACAAGCAACUAUUGAUGGUCCGUCAAGCCGCCCUGCACCAGCUGUUUGAAAAGGAGCAUAAGCAGUACCAGCGGGAACUAAGUCAGAUGGGCAAAGCUUUUUACGUGGAAAGAUUCUGAUGACAUCCGAAACACUGUCCUUCCAUUUUCAUCACGCCCACUAACCUAAUCUUCUCAAGCUCCUACCACCUUGAACUUCCUUCCCAAAACACAUCUGGAUCUAGUUAUCUGUCCACAACUUAAGGUGGUGCUCCUACUCGUGCCUCUCAACCGCCUGGUGCUAUUUGGGAAACCAUCUGUGAAAAACUGAAGAAAAAAAAAUACACCAAGGGUGACACCUUGUGGUCAGAAUGAGAGAUGUAAUGUUGAUAGAAGGCUGUGGGGGAAGAUGGAGAGAUGGACAAUGUGAGAGAAUCCUGAUUUGGUUUAAUAAAUAAAGCUAGUUCUUAAAGCUUCAAA